CCAAAAGUGCGUUCCGUCAAGUUUAUCUUUCAGACUACCUGUCAACGUCUAAAAUGCUUUGUCAUGUUUCCGACUAUCUGACAACGUCCAAAAUAUUUCGCUAGUUGAUCUUUCAGACUAUCUGACAACAUCCGAAACGUUUCGCUAUAUUGUACAAUGAGGCAGACGUAUAAGUGAAAAUGAAACUUGUUCAAGAAAAGAUCAGUGGAACGAUGAAUUCGCAAAUGUACAGCUAUGUAUACUUGUUGUUGUGGACACAACACGUUUUCUCGGGAAUUCCGAGUAUCAAGCUCAAGCCUGCACACCACUACAUCGAGCAAGAAGAAUCCACAGAAUACAACUUUAUAGCAGGAGGAAAAUUAAUACUUCCGUGCGAUAUCACCCCCCCUUCUCCAGACGACCGUGUGGUGCUCAUGUUGUGGUACCAGGGAACCUCGGGAUAUCCUAUCUUCAGUGUGGACGCGAGAUACCGCGAAUCUAUAGCUUUAGCAGUGCAUACUUUGCUUCAGAACCAUGCCUCUCGAAUUACCUUAAAUAUCACGGAAAGAAAAGCCUUUCUCGUCAUAGAACCAGUGAAGGAGGAAGACGCUGGUGAAUACAGAUGUAGACUGGAUUACCUAAGGGGACGCACCGUCCGCCGCAGCCAUAUGGUUAAUAUUAUUG